AUGCCGGACGUAGACGGACGGCAGCCUCCGGGGGGAUCAGGUCAGGCUGUCCCUCCCCCCGAGGAAGGCGUCGCGGAUGGAGGAGGGAGCGAUUCUUUCUUCGUCAACGAUGCACGAGACCGAGGGGGUGCGCGAGCGGCAGGAGGGGAAGAUCAGCGCGACACGAUGCGUGAGCUGGUUGACCUCUUCAAGCAGGCACAUAGUCCGGGGAUUUCUCCCAAGGAGAUGCUGAGGUUGGAAGAGCACGAGCUGAGGUAUGAGCGGAGAGCUGGAGAGGGGAAGGAAGAGAUGAGGCACGCCCUCGUCGCUGCCGGCGUGGGCCGGGGUGGCGAGGCGGGGAAACAAGCCGCUGCAGGAUCGGAGCAAGGCGGACAUCGACUCCAGCACCCUCAGAGGUCGGUGCAGCCACUUCAGCAGCAACCAUCGCACUUCUGCCAGCUCCACGGCCCCAACAGUACCCACGAGACCUCCGAAUGUCACAAGUUACGCAACGAAUUUCUCGCCCACUACAACGAGUUCUGCGCGUACAUGAGCGGGAGGCGGGAGGCCCAGGCAUCGGUCUUCCCUCGAGGCGGAGCCCAAGACUCGGGGCGGAUGGUUGGUGGCCCAUAUCGACAGCAGCCGUACCAAAACGAGCAAGGUGCGGGCUGGAGUCGCGGCCACUCUCCAGCGCUGCCGGGACCGCCGCGUGGGCAAGGAUCCGGAACUGGAGGACAGCUGCAGGGGCGCAACUCUGGGGGGCGUGGGUAUGGUGGAUACGGUCCUUCCCCCCCGGAGAGCCGAGGUCGUCAGGUGGGCGGCCGUGGUGGUAAUUAUCCGCCACCCAACGUUCCUCCCGCGCAGAUUGCUAACGUACCGCGGCCCUAUUUUCCGGCUCAUUUCGCCAUGGGAGGUGGAGAACCAUCAGGCGGCGACAUCACUUCGGGAUGGGAGGCCACGUCAGCGCCCGUAUCUACACCCAGCUGGACCCCACCACCUCCUGAGGCAGGCUACGGGUACGGGCUCGCGGCUCACGGAGUGGACCAUGGCGGAGGUCCCUACGGCAGCGCCGCCGGCGGGGGAUACGGUUUCCACCAAUUGCCCGACGGCGGAGGGCUCUACCAGCAGCAAGAAGUGAGCAACGUACCACACUAUCCUUCUGCUGCCGGACCGGACGCCCAACAACCGCGAGCCUACGAGGCCUUCGACACCUCGCAGCAGCAUUAGCAGCAGCAGCACUACGGUGCACCCCAGGCGACCUCUUCCUCCUCCUCUCUCUCUCCAGCUCCAGGCGGCGUUCUACCUCCAGCCGGCGAUUCCCCCCUGCAUCUCUUCGUGACACGUGGCGUGUGCCCUCGAGGCAAGUCUGAGGUUCGUUUUGAGAAGGAUGUUGGUUUUGCGAAGCCUGACGUGUUCACGAGUGCGGAGUCUGAUGUGCCAAUGCCUGGUGUUCCCCGCGUGCCUGCUGUGCAUGAGCGUUCUGAUGAUGAGUUCGGUGUCUCGAAGUUUGGUGUAUCUACUCAUCAUGUACCCCGCGUGCCCGCUGUGCUUGAGAGUCCUAAUGAAGAGUUCGGCGUUUCGGAGUGUGAUGCAUCUGUCCCUACAGUAGUACCAAGUGUGCCUGAAAGGGUAGUCGUAACCCGUCGCACCCGCCGUCCCACGGUUGAGAAAGCUUUCUUGUGCCAAGCCUCUAUCCCGAAUCCCAUCGGUAGCGAACAAUGGCAAGCCGAUUCUGGAGCCAGUGCGAUGAUUACUAACAAAGUGGAUGCAAUGUACAAUGUACGCCACUUGGGCCCGGACGAACGAUUUAUUCAGAUUGGAGACUCGGCUCUCAUCAAGGUUGCCGCAGUAGGGAGUUUGGACCUUAGGUUCCACCAAAUCGGAGCCGACGGGAAACAGGAGGAUUUGGACGUCACUGUGCCAGAAGUUUUGUUUGUACCCGGGUGUGGUGUCAACCUUUUCUCGGUAUGGAAGGUGUCUCACAAGCAUGAGGUCCGUAUCAACCCCAACGGUACGCAAAUGAUGCACGGAAAACUGCGUUUUAUUCGUGGCGUUUCGAGCGACUCCCUUUUUGCAACCCGCCUUCCCCACAAAUCCCUGCCUUCUAUGGACGUUGCGAAUGAG